AUGUCAGACGUUCCAACCUUGGACCACAAGAUAUGUACGAUAAUAGAUAGAGCAAACUUCCCGGAACUUAAGACUCUGUGCUUUAAAAUCUCAAGCACUGAUACACCCAGUUCUAUUAUCGAAGCUAUAUCCACCCAUUUCGGAUAUCCGGCCUUCGAUCUGUACGAAGGUGAAUCUUUACGUGUCAAAUCAUAUGAUUCAUUUAAUCAUGAAGGGUGGCAUGAAAUUCGACCUGCUGGUUUGGAACUUCCACGAGAUCCUAUCGGAAAAAUUAUUGAAGAGUUUUCCCUUCAAAAAGGACAAAGUGUCGUCAUCGAUGCCAGAAAUCGCGGAGAUUAUGCACAGUUUUUAGGAGAUCCGAUGAUUAGAAAGCG